CUACCCCAGAUUUUAAUACAAUAUUGAUUCUACGCACAGACUUUUCGUCGCGGGGCAGCAUCAGCACGCUACGCAGGUAAAACAACGCAUCAGCACCGUGUCGUGGAGCUCCUAACUGCGUACUCGCGCUUCGGAUCUACCUUGCCCCGGUGGCCGUCCUCACUUCAAUAAAGGGCGCGAAUGUCGCUGCUACAGAUGGCUACUGUAUCUCAAGAACAUGUCUUCAAACACAACUCCUCCCGACUUUCACAAUGCCUUCCCGACAAACACCAUGUCGCGAGACCAUUACAAAGAAGACCCUGAUAUGCUCGAAAGAACACGCACAGGAAGCUUGACAUUGACCCCCGAAAUGUUCGAGAGACUCUACCUCAGUCCCAAGAAUGGUUCAAGCAAUGGAUACCGGAAGAUAUGGGGUAAUCCUACACCUCUAGGACUUGUUGGUUUCCUGCUCGCUCUCAUGCCCCUUUCUUGCACACAGAUGGGCUGGCGCGGUGCUGGUGCCGCGACUGUCCUUGUUGGACCGUUCAUCUCUCUUGGUGGUAUGGCUAUGAUCAUUUCCGGCCUGCUCGAGUUCUUCCUCGGUGCAACCUUCCCGUUUGUCGUCUUCAUCACCUUUGGUGGGUUCUACCUCUCAUUUGCCACAAUCCUGCUACCGGACAACGGUAUUGCUGCUUCUUACGCAAACGCGGCUACCGCAACCGACGUCUUCAACAAGGGCAACCAGACUGUGCCAUACCUCACUGGUCUGGCCUUCUACCUAGUCUGGUGGGCAGUCGUUGACUUCACUUACCUCGUGGUGUCACUCAGGACCAACAUGUGCUUCUUUGGCAUCUUCCUCGGUGUCUUUCUCGACCUUUGUGCCCUGUCUUCCUCCUACUUGUACCUAGCUGAAGGUAAUGUGGAGAUGUAUGAGCGUCUAGAGAAGAUGGCAGGAGGCUGCGGCUUUGUCACCUGCAUUAUUGGCUUUUAUUUACUAUGGUCACUGAUGCUUGAUACGCUCGACUUCCCCUUCUCGCUGCCGAUCGGUGACUUGAGCGGCCUGAUCAAGGGAAGAAGCAUGAGGGAGAAGAUGAAGGCAGAUAUGGCCUAGUCAUGAUUUUUGUAGUAUUCAACGUUCUUACAAGCAGCUGAGUGAGUCUUUUAGUUGUGCAUCCUUAGCAGUCUUCUUGAGAAGUGCAAAGCGAUACUCAUGGCAGUGUCACAAGGUC